GAGAGAGAGAUGCGCUAACAGCGUUUAGCCUGUUCACAUUUGACUCAGUUCUUCUCAUGAGAGACAUGCAGAUAGAACGACACGCAAGAAACUUCAAACAGUUCCUCAAAGACCGAACUCUGAAGGGUGUUCAACCCUCCGUGGAAAGCUGAAUGAGACGUUCUGCAAGAGGGGAAAAAACAGCAGAGAUGAGCCGUGAAUAGAUAGAGGUUUUUCGCGGGAAGAAAAAAAAAGAGUGACUGGCACCUGCCCUCCAGCUCAGUGUGAAGGGCACGUAAUGGAAGAGUGAGAGGGGGAUACAAGGAAAGAGAAAUAGAGGAGAGAAUGAAGACAACCGGAAAACAAAUACUUCUUCACAGCAAGCGUCACUCAAAUUAGCUCAUUUCACCACAAGACAAGAUGAUUACCAGGAAUCUGCUCCUAUUGGUGUCCCUUUGUCUGUGGGAGGGGCUUAUGAAAGGAGGUUCAGCCACUAAGAUUGUCAGGAGAAGAGGGGUGGGCGGGGCUCACUUGCUGAAGCUAGGAGAGAACAGAGUAGCCGACCAAUGGGAUUCAAGUGUGGAUUCAAACAAAAUGCACAUGGUGACUCUUAGAAACUUGAUUGGUCAUGACCAGGGGGUGGAUAGUGGCUCCAAAAUACCCCAGAAUCAUGCAACCAUAACAGCUAAUAAGGAGAGGGAGACUUUUAAACCUAAUCCUGUGUUAGACUUGGAAGAAGACCCUGUCAAAAAAGGGGAGACAGCUCUGUCUGUGUCAUGCAAUAACAGGGAAGCCGUCCAGGAGAAAGAGCUUAGAAAGAGUAGGAACAGCACCAAAAACGCUGAGAAUCCCACCAAGACAGGCAGGAUGGAGAAAGUAUUCUUAGUCCACCACAGGCUAGACAUGCACUCCAAUAAAACCAGAUUCAAAUCCCUUCCCCGAUCCAGAGUCAGACCAGAUCUGAGCGUUCACACCACGGGGCUGCCAGGCAGAGGACUCACUAUGGAUUCAACAAGAAACUUAAACCCGACUGGCAGCUACGGUGUCCUGAAACUACUGUCAAAAGAGAACCUGGUGAGGAUUGUGAACUCACAGAUUCAGAGUAAGAGCAGCCGAAGCAGAAAGAGAGAUUUGAUUGAUGUGGAUCGCAGCCAGUUGGAGGCCCUGAAAUUACAGAAGCAAGAUAUGGCUGUCACUCAAAACCAUUUCGCAUUGGGUAACCAAACUGCUCUGCCACAUGUAAGGCCUGUCACAAAUCCUGAUCUCAGUCCAGAAGAGGCUGUUCACACUUUAAGUGUAGCCACUCCAGAUUCUGGUGUGGGAAAGGACAACUCUGAGACGAGGGGUUCAGAUAGCACAGACACCUGGAAGAACAAACACAUCUCUCACCCUCUGUCAAUGCCUGUGAAUGAGGUCAGUCUCAACACUGAGAGGGAGGUGACCAACAGUCAGACUGACCCUUCGGCCACAACCAAGCAUCUCCCCUCAAACGUCCCUUCUCAGACAGAUGCUGGCCCUCCCUCAGUGUUCACCCUGCAGCCCCAGGGAAAGGGGACUGGAGGUGUGGAGGAGAGUCUUCUUCACAUAGCCGGACCACGACUCAAGAUCCUGAGUCCAAGUGCCACUCAAGACCCUGUAGUUGGAGCUACAGAGUUAAUCAACAGCAGCCAUGUCCUCAAACUCCGCCCAGACCCAUACUGGGGGGUCGGCCAGGACAAGGCAGCAAGUGGGGUGAUGACAGUCGAGUCCGAGCCCGGUAAUGGCCUGGGCCUGGUGUUCCAAGAGGCGGAGUCAGAUGAGGAGGAGGAAGAGGGGCCUGGGCAGACGGAGGGGGAGGGGACUCGGUCCCGCAGCAGAAGGAGUUGGAUCUGGAACCAGUUCUUUGUAAUUGAGGAGUACAGCGGGCCGGAACCUGUGCUCAUCGGAAGGCUGCACACUGACAUGGACAGAGGUGAUGGACGCACCAAGUACUUGCUGCGUGGUGAGGGGGCGGGGUCGGUGUUUGUGAUUGACGAGAAGACGGGCAACAUCCAUGUCACCAAACCCCUGGACCGUGAGGAGAAGGACGAGUACCGCCUCAUCGCCACAGCAACCGACUGGCAGACCGACCGGGCCCUGGAGCCCUCGUCCACAUUCAUCAUCAGAGUACAGGACAUCAACGACAACCCCCCUCUGUUUGAGGAAGAGCCCUACAGCGCCACCGUGCCUGAGAUGGCCAACAUAGGUACUUCUAUAAUUCAGGUGACAGCGACAGAUGCUGACGACCCAACCUAUGGGAACAGUGCCAGGCUGGUGUACACACUGGUGCAGGGAAAGCAGUUCUUCUCUGUGGACCCACAGACAGGUAUCCUGCGUACAGCAGUGCCUGAUAUGGACAGGGAAACCCAGGACCAAUACCUGGUUGUCCUGCAGGCCAAGGACAUGGGGGGCCAUCUGGGAGGUCUCUCAGGGACCACUACUGUCACCGUCAGGCUGAGUGACGUCAAUGACAACCCUCCUCUCUUCACCCAGAGUAUGUGGUCCUUCUCCGUGUCAGAGCUGGCUGUUCUGGGGGCUGAGGUGGGCCGUAUCUCGGCAACAGAUGCUGACCUAGGCGACAAUGCCAAGCUGGAAUAUACCAUCCUGGAGGGAGAGACGGGGGACACCUUCAACAUCAGCGGAACAAACCAAGAGGCCGUGAUCACCCUGAACAAGGCUGUAGACUAUGAGAGUCGUAGCUCCUACUCCUUCUCCGUGGAGGUGUUGAACCCCAUGGUGGACUCUCGUUUCAUGCGCCGCGGGCCCUUUAAGGACCGGGCCUCCAUCAGGGUGGCCGUGCUGGACGCUGACGAGCCGCCUCGUUUCGCCCGGGCACGCUACCGUAUGGACGUGUCCGAGAACUGCCCUCCCGCCUGCACCGUGGGACGGGUUAGUGCUGUGGACCCUGAUACUGGACUCACCAACAACAUCAGGUUCUCUAUUGAUCCCCAGUCAGACCAGGAAGCUCUGUUCCGUAUCACCGCGGACAGCGGCCUCAUCACCACAGCAAUGGAGCUGGACCGUGAGCGCGAGCAGUGGCACAACAUCACCAUCAUCGCCAUGCAGAGAGACAACCCCAGCCAGGUGUCCAGAGUGGUGGUUGCCAUAGAGACGCUGGACCUGAAUGACAAUGCGCCUGAGCUGGACAGACAGUACACAGCAGCCAUGUGUGACUCAUCAGCCACUGGACAGGUGGUGCAGGUGUUGCGUGCGAUUGAUAGAGAUGAGGGAGGGAAUGACAGUGCUGUAUAUUUCAACAUCCCUCCAGAGUCCAGCGUCGCCCUCAACUUCAGCGUUAGAGACAGUGGAGGUAUAGUCUCUCUUUAUGUCUCUCUCUCUCACACACACUUCCCGUCUCGCUCCCCCUUUCUCGUUCCCCUGGUGUUAAGGGACGGGAUGUCUGGCCUGACCUCCACCGGGACUGUCACCGUGUCCAUCUGCCCCUGCCUGAGAGGAGGGGCCCGGACGGUGUGUGUCCCCCAGCAGUCUACUUCCCCCUCCCCUGGGCUCAGCACUGCCGCCUUGCUGGCCAUCUUGGCCUGUGUCGCCACUCUGCUGGCGGUCAGUGCCCUGUCCCUGUCCCUGCGCCGUCAGAAGCGGGACUCUCUGUCUCCCCUGGAGGAGGAUGAUGUGAGGGAGAACAUCAUCACCUACGAUGACGAGGGAGGAGGUGAGGCCGACACGGCCGCCUUCGACAUCGCAGCGCUCCAGAGCGCCCCCCACAGCUCACGCAGGGGAUACCGCACCCUGGACAGCAGGAACAUCCUUGUCACACCCUAUCUUCUGUCCCCCAGACGCUACUCCCAGCACAUCCAGGACAAGGCCCGUGCAUACAGCUGGGCCCAGAACCCAGCCCUGGACCCAGCCUACUCCGGCCCUGGAGGGCCCCUGUAUGGCCGCCUCUGCUACAGCAGCCACACCCUGCCUGUUCUCCGACGUACUCCAGGGGGCCAGUUUGAGCCGAGCCUGGCUGAGCUGGCCUACCGCUUCCCUGGGGGCCACCCAGACCACUCUCUAGUCAUCCAGAAUCAGGGGGCCAUGGUGGGGGCCCUGGAGCCAGGGGCCGUUUACGUAGGCCCAGCUGAAAUGAGCAGCAGAGAGAGUAGAGACGGAACAGGCCCAAAGAGCGGGGUUAGCACUUCAGAUGGAGGGACGCCACGGACCAAUAACAGCCAGGAGAGGGGUGACGGGGGAGGAGCAAUGAGCAACUGUACAGAGAGCAGUAGUGAGCAGCAGAGCCACAGUCAGGACUCGGUGGACUGGGUCCAGUCUGAGACCCUCCCCCGAGAGAGGGAGCACACCCUGGUCCUGACUCGCUCCGGCUCCAUGGCUGGUCAAAGUCACGGUGGCGCCUGGGUGUGUGACUCAGCCACCCUGCCCAUGGCAGGCCGCAGGGCCUUCCGCGCCAGCCUGUCCCCCAAACGCACUGGCUCCGGUUCAGCUGAAGCAGAAUCCUCUGGUGGUGGAUGUGGUGGUGAAGGGCAUGGAGCCAACGGCCCAGACGGCCAGUCUCAACAGUCAGCCGCCUGCAACUAUGCCAGCAUCCUGCAAGGGAAGGCAGCGGGACGGAGGCAGGACUACCCCGGGAGCCUGGGGAGGGGAGGGCUAGAGAUGGGCAGCAACUUUGUGGUGGCCAGGCCGGACAGGGAGGGUGGAGGGAUAUCUCUGACCGGGACUUCUUGCGGGGGGAUGUACCCAGAAGGGUUCAUGGCUGACUGGCGGGACAGGAUGGGUAUGGGGGCAUACGUUUUAGGAAGGAGGGAUAUGACCCCCCACAUGCUGCCCUUCCCAGGGCAGACCAGGGGCGCAUACGGGGGCAUCAUGGGGUACGGGGCAGGGUGGGUCCCAGGGAUGGAGGCGGUGAGAGGGGGUCCAGUACCAGGUGGUCAUUCCUUGGCCCUCAGGGUGGGUGAGUUCCUCCACCUGCGUCUGGCUCAGGUCACCUUUGACCCCUCACAGCCGCCCUAUGAUUCAGUGCAGAUUUACGGGCUGGAGGGAACAGGGUCGCGUGCAGGCUCCCUCAGCUCACUGGAGAGUGAGGGAGAGAAGGAUGCAGAGAAGGAGGAGUGGGGAGGAGGGCUGGAGGAGUGGGGUCCGCAGUUUCAGGAACUAGCCAAGCUGUUCCGAGAUAGAGAGAAAGAGAAAGAGGAGAAGGAGAAUGAAGGGGAGGAAGAGGUAGAGAACAACAAAAAAGAGGAUGAAAAAGAGGAGGGGGAGAAAGAGGAGAAAGACUGAGAGGGAGAAGGAAAAGGAGAGAGAACGAAGGAGGGGUGGUUAAAAGGCAAGCAGAGCUAGAAUAAUGGGAAGAGAAGUUAAAGGAAGAGAGAUGAAGAGGGAGAGUAAUAAAAAGACACAGAGAAAAAUUUGCCCAGGGAAGGCGAGGGCAGGGGAGGGGAGGGCAGGGAGUGAUUGAUAUAAUUUAAAGCAAUAAGUGUUGAAAGGUACUGAGACAAUGUGCAUGGUGUUUCUCCACUGAACAGCAACCAUUUGUUAAUUGGUCUGGACAAAGAAAAACAACCUAAACAUCCAAGAAAGGAUUUCAUUCAGAAAGUCUGUACACCUAUAGAAUUAGAAAGAGACGAGAGAGGGAAUUUGUUUGUUUGUUUGUUUGUGUGUGUGGAGGGGAUGAGAGAGAGUGAGAGUGAGAGAGUGAGAGAGAGGGAGAGAGAGAGAGAGAGAGAGAGAGAGAGAGAGAGAGAGAGAGAGAGAGAGAGAUGGGAAAAUAAUGGAACCUCAGCUAAUAUUUUUUGGGGACGAUGUGCAAGCAAGACAAUACAUUCAACUAGGGAGUAUGGAAAACUAGGGUACCACACAGAAGUGAUAUAAGAUGAACAAGACAGAGAUGGAGAGGAAGGAGAGCGAGGGAGAGAGAGAGAGAGAGAGAGAGAGAGAGAGAGAUUGUACAGAAACUGUUGCAUUUAUUUGAACUGCAGAGGCAGAAAAGUGAAUAAUUCAACUCACUACUGAAAACGAUGAAUAAUUUAAAUCCUUAAAAAUAUUAUUUUCUCACGGAGACGCAUCACCGGAAAAUAGACAUUCUGAGAAAUUAAAAUGAUUUAGUGAUAUGAUC